CAAAAUCAAAACAAACAGAAAAAGAAGAUGAAAAUUCACGGUAUGUUCGGCAUUUGUAUCAAAAUCUUUAACGUAUUAACUUGGAGGAAACAUGUUCAAGUAGUCAAAAGUAUUUCGGAUUUCUGUCACCAAUCUUGCAGAAGUCGCUAAAUAUUGAUGACUUCCCCGUCUACAAACUAUCCAUUCGGACGUACAAUGCAGUUUUCAGAAGUAACCGCAAUAUAGGCGAACCACUAAAUAACGGCUGUUUUGCAUUGAACACGGGAACGGUGGGGAAUUCAUUCUCGGCUUCUUCUCUCCACAGUUGCAUCGAGCUGCACUGUCCUGUCCACGCGUCCCCGGCGUCCGUUGACGUCACAGAACCGAUAGGCAACGAAGACGCUUCAGUUGACUUUUGCAACUUGAUCACACUUACUGAAUCGGACGAAUGCGCGAAAAAUAAACCAGAUGACGUCGCAUUCCUCUGUCCGCAUCUGCAACGGCAUUUUAAAAUUGAAAGUUUUCCGUUUUACGUGCGAUCAGUUCAAUAUUUUACGGCGAAACCUGUGGCAUACAAACUGUUUGAUACAGGCACUACAUUUGCAAGAAGAGAGCUAUGGAAAACACCAGUGCAAAGCACAGUAGAUGUAAGUAAUACAAAUAUCGCCAACACACUUCUUGUGGACAAAUAUAUAUAUCAAGACUCGUAUGACGAUCGCUCCUUGAAAGCUAUUGAACAAAAACUUGCAAGCAUCAAAGAAGUCGAUAUCUCAGAUUUAAAAGCAAAGUACAGUUUUCUGUUUGGAGAAGAUUAUUCCAGUUCAUCAACAAAAUCGUCAAAACGAAGAAAUACGAACAUACAUACUGUGACUGGCAACAACAAUUCCGAUAUUAACAGACACAAGGCAAGGCGUUCAUUGACCGGUCUUCUAAACGACAUUUGCAGGUCUGAUUGCAUAACGCUAACACCCGAAGAGUUAACAAUCGAUGAUCUCCAAAACAUGCUAACAGAAACUAACUCCAAAAUCAACUUUAUGAAAGAAUUGAUAUCCGUGAAAAAUAAAAACAGUAGUACAAUGAAACCAUGUGAACAAUCGUCGGGUUCACCUAUGUGCUGGUCACCAUCGCAGUCAGCAUAUACAUCUACACAAGCUCGAUCUCACGUGGGAAGCCCAGGUCAUCUGGCGACAUUGAGGCGAGCCAGUAACCCGGAUCAUACCCCCACUCCACAUGAUUCACCCGAUUCCACCGUCCAUUUCCUUUGCAGAACGCCAAUGUCGUUGGCAGUAGAUAGAAAUGUCGCAGACGUAAGCACACCUCCGUACCAGAUGCACCCAAAGACGCACGCAGCCCACAAUUCUGGAGUCUUUCUGCAUGGUUGCUCGCCCCUGGUGACUCACGUGUUACCAUCUGAAGUGAAAUGUAUCACAGAAAACAAUGAAACAUUAAAAUCAGGCAAACCAGAUUAUCACUCCGCCGCACGCUUCCGUCAAAGGGUUUCUCCUCUGUUCCCUCAAGCGUUACCCGUGGACCUUCAUUAUAGCGACGCCGACAUGUCAAGGACAGCCGUCUAUAAAACAGAAAACACCUUUUCGGAGGACAUAUUUGAGUCAGAGUGUCCCUAUGCAAUCCCAGGAUUGUGUGACUCACAGGAUUGUUACGUCAACAGCAUAGAGACCACCCAUGCAGAGUCCCUGGCGUUAUCCACUUCCCCGAGACUGCGUUUGGAGGACUAUAAUCUUGACUAUUACUACAAGAAACCAGAAGGCUUUAUUGCUAAACCAAUGUCUCCAGCGAUUCCCUGCAUUUACGAGGCACGCGAUUCCUCGGGCGUGGUUUACGACUACAGUCAGUUGCAAGAACUCGUUGACACUAUCAGCUACCACGAACACAGAGGUGAUGUGGACAGUUCAUUGCACGGCGAGAUUCCGGAAGACAUCUACAGCAGCACGAUAAGCGAAGAUGAGGGGCGGAAAGGUGAGGCGGACACGAUAUCGUUUGUCAUUCGGAGAAAUGUUGACGAAGUGAAGCGAGCAAUGUCACACGGUGAUUUAAGGCAAAACAUGGGCUCAAUUGCAACGGUACCAAAAAGCUCUCCGUUUGUUAAGGGCACAGGUGAGUUGAUGAAAGAAUAUACUAAUAUUAAAGGAAUUCACAAAUCGGAAUAUGAAGGUGGCUCUAGACCCGAACGUAUCAAUGUCUCUAAGUACGAACCAACCAUUGUCCACGUAACAAAUAACACUUUUUCCGGUGAUGUAAAUUGUUCGUCUUUAUACUGUGACCCGAACGACAGAAGACAAGAAUCGCACAGAACGCAUGACGACCGCUACAUGAAUCACAAAGAAGCUUAUAGAAAGUCGGGCGUUAGUGUCGAUAGACGCUUUGGACCGUACCUCAUAGAAGGCGAUGGUCGCAAGAGGCGCUGUUCUCUAUUCCGGGACAGGUCUCCAAGCUACCAUUCAGAGCGAGCGUAUUUCAAUCACCGUCGAAAAAGCAUAGGGAGAUCACAUGAAUGCGCGAGCAGGAAAUCUAACGAAUGCGCACGCAGGCGAUCGCCAAAGAUGGAGAAGAGACAAUCACAAGAACGCACGAGCAGACGAUCUUAUGAACGAUAUCGUGAACGUGUAAAAAGAACGCGAUAUCGAUAGUGCGUGCACAAAAAAUGAAUAGAAACAUUUGCAUCAAUUGAAUGAUACCUUAUAGUGUUGAUCGAAUUUCUUACCGGUUCAAUGGAUGUAACUCAUGUUUCCUGCAGAUACAAUUUCCGCCAUAAUCUGUGAUAGGACAAUUUAAUAUACAAUAUUGUGUUGCUGUUGCUUUAUAAAAAUAUUUAUUUGCAUAAAUUGUCCACUUUGAAACUUUAGCAGUUUCAACUACCUGAAUAAAGUAAUAUUCUAUGCAGAUAGUGAUAUUUAAGGUGUCACGAGAAACAGUUGUUUUUCAAAAAUAUGUUUUAUUAUGUAUCAUAUUCAAAUAUGUCAACAAACAACAGUCCACAAGCAAGACAAAUAAUUAAAGAAGCCAAAUGUGGUUAAAAUAUA